GGUGAGAGUGUCAGCUGACCUCACUGGGAAAAAUUGUUAACGAAACAGCAACAGCAAUGUCCUUUAUCGCUGAUCAAUUUAUUGAUCGAUUACAGCGUGUAUGACAGCGUAUCAAGCAUACGCUUAAUUUACUUCUUAAACAUUUUGCAGCAGUCGUACUACUGAAUUGACUAUUUAUUUGUCCCCCCCAGGGUUCCCGACACCAUGCUAGCCACAGUGACUGCUGUGCUUAGGUUUGCUCAAUACAAUGGCAGUAUUUCACCCACAACCUUUGAGAACACAUCAACAUUCCCAACAUGGCAACCCGAUACUGAGGCCAACAUCUCAAAGCCGCACAAGUGUCUUCAAGUCUUGUACGAGGACAUUGGAGACUCCAGGGUGCGGUUCUGGGACAUUUUACUGCUCGUGCCCAAUGUGGCCUUCUUCGUAUUCCUGAUGUGGAAGCUGCCCUCAGCCCGGGCAAAGAUCAGACAAACCUCCAGCCCCAUCUUUGUCACCUUUUACUUGCUGGUCUUUGUUGUAGCGGCUGUUGGAAUCACCCGGGCCGUGGUGUCCAUGACCGUUAGUGCGUCGAGCGCUGCUACCAUCAUAGACAAAGUGCUGUGGGAAAUCACACGUUUCUUCCUGCUGGCGAUUGAGCUCAGUGUCGUCAUCUUGGGACUGGCUUUCGGUCACCUGGAGAGCAAAUCUAGCAUAAAGCGAGUGCUGGCCAUCACCGCUGUGCUGGCUCUGGGCUACUCCAUCACACAGGGCACACUAGAGAUCCUGUAUCCUGACAGCCACCUGUCCGCUGAGGACUUCAACAUCUACGGUCACGGGGGACGGCACUUCUGGUUGGCCAGCUCCUGCUUCUUCUUCCUGGUGUAUUCUUUGAUUGUGGUGUUGCCUAAAACUCCAGUGAGGGAGAGGAUAUCUCUUCCGUCAAAGAGGAGUUUCUAUGUGUAUGCCGGCAUCCUGUCUUUACUGAACCUCGUGCAGGGCCUUGGCAGUGCCCUGCUAUGUGCUGGAAUCAUAGAGGGACUCUGCUGUGUGGACAUCACCACCUUCCUGUACUUCUCUACCUUCGCGCCGCUCAUUUAUGUCACAUUCCUCAAGGGCUUCUUUGGUUCAGAGCCCAAGAUCCUGUUCUCUUACAAGUCACAGCUGGAUGAGCCGGAUGAAAGUGACGUCCACCUUCCCCCGACUGUCGCUACAACCAUUGGCCGUAAGGAGCUGACUGACCAGGGCCUGUUCUACUCCUCCACCCAGAUUGACGGCUCUGGUCCCGGCAGCUCUCGUAUGGUGGGAGCGUACCUGGAUGAUGUUGCUUCCGGGCCCUAUGGGUCCAGCAGCAUUAACGGCGUUGACGCUGACCGCUGGAGACCUGUCAAUGUGUGAAUGAAACAAAGAGGAGAAUGGAAGAACAAAGCAGAUUAUACAGCUGGACUGAGAUUUUGUGCGUGCGUGAUGCAGGGGCGCCCAAAUAAAAAAAAGAAACAAAGAAGUUGGACACCAAGGACUGUUGAUCUUGGUCUUGCUUUGAGGCCCAGAUAAGUUAAAGAGCCAAUGAUCUGGAGGCCUGAGAUUUAGCUACUGCUUUUGUAACACUGUUGCCAGCGUGCUCUGCUGCUUUGGCGUCACACUAUGAGUACCGUUCCUGAUUGUGCCGCCGUAUGGAUUUUGUUCAACGUGCGUGGAUGUGGGCGCCGACUGAUUCGGCUCACCUCAUAUUCUGUCAUUCCCGCAUCGAGCAACGACUGCUCCAUCCCCAAUAAUUAAGUUUUAACCCCAUUUUAAGUAUCAAAGUCUUUUCAAAUUGGACAUUUGUAUUCGCCAUUACUCAUCUGUACAUUCCAACUAAAAGCUUUGAGUAACAGCAUCUAAACUCACUUUGUCUACUGCCCUGUAUUAGAUGUGUGGCUUAACUGGCUGACUCUUUACAAAGGGAAACGACCGGCGCUGGUUCAUUUUGAAAGGAGUUCUGUCUUACGGAAAGGAUUGUGUGAUGUUUGCCACUGCAAUAUGAUAAGAAAAUCUGCAUUACCUAGGUACAGGCAUGGCAUUGACCCUCAAGAUCACAAUCCAUCUGUAAUGCUCUCCAGUGUGAAUUAACUAAACACCUAUGCGAAUCUCCAUUUGGAUCUCAGUUAUGAGCUUUUUUUUUUAAUCUGUCUUUUGUUUCCGCUAUUAUUUAUUUCAGACUUUUGCUUUAAUUUCGUAUACAUUUGAAUCAUUCCUGCUACUGAAGGCACAUUUGCUAGCUUCACAGCCCUUUUAGAAUGACUUGUUAUGUGUGUGUGAUUUGAACCACAAACUUUUUUGUUCAUUCCAAAUUAGACAUUCCCUCAUUCCAUAUCGGCAUAUGUGCCUCAGCUCUGCUUGCUUUUAACAGGGGUGCUGAUCCAAAGCUUUUAGUUAUUAUUAUUAUUAUUAUGUUUAUGCCAAUAUCUAUUUGUCCCGUGGUUGGAUUUUCCAGAGUGUUCUUAAGGUGCUCAAAUUAUACCAUAAACAAUAUUGCGAAAUGUUAUGGUUUCAAAUCAUGGUAUUUAUACAAUGUAAUUAAAUAGAUCUUAUCUACAUAUUAGGAGAGGCUCAGGUACCUGGUAUUUCCGAGAAUGUUCAUUAUAAGACAGUGUCGAGAGAAAGCUACUGGACUGUGGCAGAGCAAACUUUCCUCUAUUAUCAAUUUUGGUUGUCAAGUUUUUUUUCUUCUUUGUUCAGCUGGUGAAAUACAUUAUUUUACAUCUAUUGGUAACAGUGAAAUAUUAUACUGUAUUCUUCAUAAACAUUUCCUUUCUCCUACCAAGAAAGAAUGAUAAAUGCAUGUGUUCCCUGAAAAGUCUCUAUCUUUGGUAUGAAUGGUUUAGUCUAUUAAAGCCAGCCAUAUUCAUAGAUAGUGGUCACUUGGAUGCAGGACAAAUAGAGAUACGUGUAUUUUGUCAUCAUUUUAAAGCAACAACAUUGUACAUAAUUGGUAUGUAUCAAAGUAAUGACAGUAUUUACCUGACUCAUAGAAAUAUGAUCUAUUCAAAUUUAAGUGCCGGUGAUUACUGCUGUAUAACUUGGGAGUUAGAAUAGUGAUCAGGAAGUUAGUUUGCUGAAUCACUACAUGCAGUUGACAAUAUGCAAUUAUUAUCAAGGUCCUCUCUCAAUAGAUUUUUGAUUAUGAAAUCAUUUUGCAAAUGAUCUGUAAUUUUGCCUUUUUAAAUGCAUUGAUUGUAUAACAUUCAGCCCUUACUAAUGUAACAUUUUAAAGCAUUCCUUGACCAACAGAAUAAACCAUGGACUCUCAAUUGUUUGCAGCGAUUGAACAUCA